AUGACCGAUGAGUAUAAUCGAAUAAUGAGCGAGGCAGGUCCAAGUGAGCCAGUGCGUGUUGCCGGAUGGCGUGAUAGCUUACCGUCACCUGGUGAAAAGAUUCUGGAGGUUGACAACGAACAUAAAGCUCAACGAGUCAUCAAUCAUCGAUUAUCACAGAAAAUGGAGCAAAAAGCGAUGGAGGAUUGGGUAAUCGAAGCACAACGAGAGGCUGAGCGUAAAGUUUAUUUGGAGAAUCGUCAAAAACUGUUGGACAAAGGCGCUAGGUAUGGAUCAACAUUAAGGAAGUUGGUGCAUAAGGUUAGUUGA